AUCAGCAUCUUCAUGACCCACCUGUCCAACUAUGGCAACGACCGCCUGGGGUCCUACACCUUCGUGAACCUGGCCAACUUCGUGCAGAGCUGGACCAACCUGCGCCUGCAGACGCUGCCGCCCCUGCAGCUGGCCCGCAAGUACUUCGAGCUCUUCCCGGAGCAGAGGGACCCGCUCUGGCAGAACCCCUGUGACGACAAGCGGCACAAGGACAUCUGGUCCCGAGAGAAGACCUGCGAGCACUUGCCCCGCUUCCUCGUCAUCGGGCCGCAGAAGACAGGCACCACAGCCCUGUACCUGUUCCUGCUGAUGCACCCGUCCAUCGUCGGCAGCCUGCCCAGCCCCCGCACCUUCGAGGAGGUGCAGUUCUUCAACGGGAACAACUACCACAAGGGGAUUGACUGGUACAUGGACUUCUUCCCAACGCCGGCCAAUGUCACCAGCGACUUCCUGUUUGAAAAGAGCGCCAACUACUUCCACUCGGAAGAAGCUCCCAAGCGGGCGGCCUCCCUGGUGCCCAAGGCCAAGCUCAUCACCAUCCUCAUCGACCCCUCGGACAGGGCCUACUCCUGGUACCAGCACCAGCGGUCGCACGAAGACCCAGCUGCCCUGCGGUUUAACUUCUACGAAGUGAUCACCACCGGCCCGGGGGGCCCGUCCGACCUGAAGGCGCUGCAGCGGCGCUGCCUGGUGCCCGGCUGGUACGCGGUGCACAUCGAGCGCUGGCUGGCCCACUUCGCGGCCUCGCAGUUGCUGAUUAUUGACGGACAGCAGCUGAGGUCCGACCCGGCUGCUGUGAUGGACGGCGUCCAGAAGUUUCUGGGAGUGACGCCGCGUUACAACUACUCGGAAGCACUGACGUUUGACCCCCAGAAGGGCUUUUGGUGCCAACUGCUGGAAGGAGGGAAGACCAAAUGCCUGGGGAAAAGCAAAGGCCGGAAGUACCCGCCCAUGGACCCCCAGGCCAGAGCCUUCCUGUCCGGCUACUACCGGGACCACAACGUGGAGCUGUCCCGGCUGCUGCACCGGCUCGUGCAGCCCCUGCCGGCCUGGCUGCGCCAAGAGCUGCAGAAGGCCAGGGACCGGCUGCAGCACCCUCACUGGCCGGACGAGCUGACCCUGACCAGGCGCACGGCAUCCCCGGGCGUCAUGGGUCCCCAGCGCCCGUCAGAGAUUCAGAAAACGCGACGAGACUACAGACUCUGA